GAGUGAAAGGACAAGCACUCACAAUCCGGCAAUUUACUAAAGGUCUCGAAUCCCAUGAGUACAUAAUUCUCGCAACAUCUCCGGAAAUUUUUAUCAUUCGCUUAUCCCGUUUUGCGAAGGGUGCUGCUCCACGUCCACGAGAGCAGAAAAUCUCAGUCUCACGUCCUCCUCUCUUCCUUCUUUCCUGGGUAGCAGAUUUCUUCAUUCAUGCUUAUGAGGUUUUGUUACACCAAGAGCCACCCCGCAACUGUAGCUGUUUGAGGUUCACAGAAUCGUUGAACGAGCCACUGAAACAUGGGAAACAUUCGAUGCCACGCUUCAGUAUUGGCGGCUCUUGUGUUGUUGUGCAUUGGGCCGAUGAGCUGGACUCUCGCAGCUAGAGAUACUCCUGUCAACAAUCAGGUGUUUAGAGCGGAAUUGAUAUACAGAGAACAUCAAUCUUCGCCUCUACGAUCAGAAACCCUGAAAACCCCCAGUGAAAUAUUCAUCGCAGCUGUGAAGAGGGGUCACGAACGCCGUGCAAGGCUAGCCAAGCACGUCCUUGCUGGAGACCAAUUGUUCGAAACUCCAGUUGCAUCCGGGAAUGGAGAAUACCUGAUUGACAUAUCCUAUGGAAAUCCUCCUCAAAAAUCCACUGCAAUCGUGGAUACAGGAAGUGACUUGAAUUGGGUGCAAUGCUUGCCCUGCAAAUCCUGCUAUGAGACACUGAGCGCCAAAUUCGACCCCUCCAAGUCUGCAAGCUACAAAACCCUGGGCUGCGGGAGCAACUUCUGCCAAGAUCUGCCAUUCCAAUCGUGCGCCGCAAGCUGCCAGUAUGACUACAUGUAUGGAGACGGCUCCUCAACCAGUGGUGCACUGUCCACCGACGACGUCACCAUCGGCACAGGCAAAAUCCCCAACGUCGCCUUCGGCUGCGGCAACAGCAAUUUGGGCACGUUUGCAGGAGCAGGAGGCCUUGUAGGACUCGGCAAAGGUCCGUUGUCACUCGUCUCUCAACUCGGUGGAACCGCCACCAAGAAGUUCUCUUACUGUUUGGUGCCUUUAGGCAGUACCAAAACCAGCCCCCUGUACAUCGGCGACUCAACGCUUGCUGGAGGCGUGGCUUACACUCCAAUGCUAACCAACAACAACUACCCCACAUUUUACUACGCUGAAUUGCAAGGAAUCAGCGUCGAAGGCAAGGCGGUGAACUAUCCCGCAAAUACGUUCGACAUUGCCGCAACGGGGCGAGGGGGUCUGAUUCUGGACUCCGGAACAACGUUAACUUACCUUGACGUGGAUGCGUUCAACCCUAUGGUCGCGGCCCUCAAAGCAGCACUCCCGUAUCCAGAGGCAGAUGGGUCAUUCUAUGGGCUCGAGUACUGCUUCUCCACCGCCGGAGUCGCCAAUCCGACCUACCCCACUGUGGUUUUCCACUUCAACGGCGCCGACGUCGCGCUUGCACCGGACAACACCUUCAUCGCACUGGACUUCGAAGGCACGACGUGCUUGGCCAUGGCGAGCAGCACCGGCUUCAGCAUUUUCGGCAACAUCCAGCAGCUCAAUCACGUCAUUGUGCACGACCUCGUGAACAAGCGGAUCGGCUUCAAAUCCGCCAACUGCGAGACGAUCUAAGCUCGGAGAUUCCCCGCACGGAGAUUCCGUCGGUGAAAAGCCAGCCCCUCCCCGAUUCCUCCGUCGCAACGAAGGGAUGCUUCGUUCGUUCGUUUCACGGAGAAUGUUGACAUCAUUGCCGACGCUGCGGCGACGAGGUAUGAAUAUUUCGUCCGUAGACCGACGAUUCUGCUGCCACUGGGUGACGGAAACCACUAUUCCUCGUCGGUGGCGUAAGUUGACUAAUUUCGUUGUAUCAUUGAAGUACCCUCACAAUUUCGCAUGUUGUAAAAAGCUGCAUUUCGUGCUCCUUGACUACUUGUGUUGUAUAAUUUGGAUGUAAGUGAGUUGAAUGAUUUUUUAUUUUUUUAAUUUUAUGACAAUUCUAUACUGUUGUGUUUGGAUAACCUAACAAGAAGAAGGUGCUUUUAGCUCU